AUGUAUAAAAGCUGCGCUAUUUUUAUCGUAGCUUGCAUCGCUCAUCUAAUCGCCGGCGCGCAUUACUCUGGAAGAAGUCUCCGGCACGCCAGACCAACUGAUCAUUUACGCCAGAAACAAAUCCUCUCCAUUCCAUCGCCCGCGAAGAAAUUGCAGUACAAUACUGAGGCUGCUUCAAAGUUCAGAGUAAAUGGCACUUCUAUUCCAGAGGUCAACUUUGAUAUCGGAGAAAGCUACGCUGGACUUCUACCUAUUUCCAACACCAGCAACGAUAGCGAACUAUAUUUUUGGUUCUUCCCAUCUUCCAAUGCUGAUGCAUCUGAUGAGAUUCUGAUUUGGUUAAAUGGUGGGCCCGGCUGCUCCUCUCUUGAAGGCCUCUUACAGGAAAAUGGCCCAUUUAUCUGGCAGUACGGAACUUACAAGCCUGUACCUAACCCAUAUACGUGGACAAAACUGACAAAUGUUGUUUGGAUUGAUCAGCCUGUGGGCAGCGGUUUUUCCCGCGGCACCCCCACAGCCAAGAAUGAGGAGGAUGUAGCUGCACAGUUUUCUGGAUUUUGGCAAAAUUUUGUGGAUACUUUUGACCUUCGUGGCCGCAAGAUCUACAUCACAGGAGAGUCGUACGCUGGCUAUUAUGUCCCUUAUAUUGCUGAUGCCUUCCUUAAUCGUAAUGAUACUGAAUUCUAUAAUGUUCAAGGAACUAUGAUAUAUGAUCCCUCCGUGACUACCAGUGUUGUGGACAACCAAAUCCCAGCAGUAGCAUUUGUUGAUUACUGGCACAAUUUGAUGCCGUUUAACGAAACAUUCAUGACCCAGCUUCACAAUAUGUCUGCAUCUUGCGGCUACGAUGACUUUCUCCAAAAGUAUCUGACCUAUCCCCCUCUCGCGCCACUGCCGCAGUUGCAAGACCUCCCUGGUACAGAUCAAAAUGGAGAAACCUUGAAAGAAUGUGAUGUUUUUAGUUCUAUUUAUUCCGAAAUAUUUCUGAUUAACCCUUGCUGGGAUGUCUAUCAAGUCGCAACAACCUGUCCUGCGCUGUGGGAUGUACUCGGUUACCCUGCAUCAUCUGCAUACUUACCUGAAGGUGCCAGCAUCUAUUUUAACCGCACAGAUGUACAGAAAGCCAUUAAUGCGCCACUCGGUCAAUGGGAAGAGUGCUCGAGCAAAAAUGUUUUUGUUGGGGGUGGCGAUACCAGUCUUCCAUCUGGAGUAAGCGUUCUUCCUGGAGUAAUCGAGCGAAGUAAGCGGACUAUAAUUGCUCACGGCGAUUUAGACAUGGUUUUAAUUGCCAACGGUACCCUACUGAUGAUCCAGAAUAUGACUUGGGGUGGAGCUCAGGGAUUCACAUCCCAGCCUCGUGAUCCAUUUUACGUCCCACAUUAUACUACCCAAAACCCUAAAGUUGCUUCCGCCUCGGGAAUUAUGGGAAUUACUCACACAGAGCGCGGUCUGACUUGGAUUGAUCAAAGACUUUCAGGCCAUAUGGUCCCUCAAUAUCAACCUUCCUCAGCUUACCGACAUCUCGAGUUCCUCCUCGGCCGCAUUGAUUCUUUAUCUAUUCCUGCACAGGGAUGA